CCUCUCCCUCUCUCUCUUCUCAUUUAAGGUGUUCUGGAAACAUCUUCCCACAAAGCUACUAAUUUAAUCGUUCACUCUCUCUCCCUGCGACUGUAAGUACAGUAGUGCUUAUUAUUUUCAUCAAUGGAUGCUCCAUCCUCGUUUAUAUAAUCCUCGUUUAGUUUCUUUCGAAACGCAUGCCUGAAAGUCUCGCGGGAGAUCGGACCAAACGGAUUGAUAUCUCGCGAUUCGCGCCACUAUUUCAUUAUCAAUGCGUACGGAUUUCGUUUAUCUCACCGCUUUCGUUCAGAUUCCAGUUGUUUAACUCUUAAUUAUCUGGUCCCUUUCAUGUCUGUUCGCGAUUCGAAUGCGUUACAAUUGACUCGUCCUUUGACCGAUCUGAUAUUUACCGUACUACCCUUUUAGAACUGAGGUAAAAAGGUUUGGGUUUUGCUGAGAGUUCAUAAAUGAAAUUAGGGUUUUUGGUGGUGGUGUCGGUGGUCUUGUUGUUUAGUAUCUGCUCUCCGCUAUCAAUCCUCGUUCUGUGCUUGCUCUCUCAAUCGGGAAUUUUAGUAGUUUGAGAUAUUUUGGAAGAGCUUUCAUGCUCGCGCUCAUACACGCAUGUGCGCAUUAUGUGACUUAGGAUGAGACGCCGCUCGCCGACAAGCUCUCCAGCUGAGAAUAUGGAGAAGGGGGCUGCUAAAAAUCAUCGGUCUCGGAUAUGUAUGUUGGCAUCUUUAUCGGCUUUUUUCUGGUUAUUGUUGUUGUACUUCCAUUUUGUUGUUCUAGGAGGUAAUACAGUUGAUGAUUCUUCACUAGUGGAUCGCAUUUCUGCUAGUUCUGAGUCGAUCAAUACCCACCCUAGCGAUUCCCAAUCAACGCCUAUUAGUCGGCGUAACAAUGCCCAACCAGACCCUGGUAGUCCGCGUAGCAACGCCCAAUCCACCCCUAUGAGUCGGCCUAGCAAUGCCCUUCCAAUGCCUGCGAAUCCACCACCAACCAUUACCGAGCCGAAAGCAGAGAACUUCCCAUUUCUGCGGGCAUUAAGAACCAUAGAGAACAAGAGUGAUCCGUGCGGUGGGAGAUACAUAUAUGUCCAUGACCUUCCUCCUAGGUUCAAUGAAGAUAUGCUCAAGGAGUGUAAGAGUCUGAAUAUUUGGGCAAAUAUGUGUAAGUUCACUACGAAUUGCGGGCUUGGGCCCCCGCUGGAAAACGUUGAAGGGGUAUUCUCAGAUAGCGGAUGGUAUGCAACAAAUCAAUUUGCAGUCGAUUUGAUUUUUACUAACCGAAUGAAGCAGUAUGAGUGCUUGACUCGUGAUUCUUCUCUUGCUGCUGCUAUUUUUGUACCCUUUUACGCGGGAUUUGAUAUUGCACGGUAUCUUUGGGGGUAUAAUACGUCUACGAGGGAUGCUGCUUCUCUUGCUUUGGUCGAUUGGUUAAUGAAGAAGCCGGAGUGGAGCAUUAUGGGAGGAAAAGAUCAUUUUCUUGUUGCUGGAAGGAUUACUUGGGACUUUAGAAGGUUAAGCGAUGAAGAUUCGGAUUGGGGUAACAAGCUUCUAUUUUUACCAGCUGCAAAGAAUAUGUCCAUGCUUGUGGUAGAAUCAAGCCCCUGGAAUGCGAAUGAUUUCGGCAUUCCAUACCCCACAUACUUUCAUCCGGCAAAGGAUGCUGAUGUGUUCAUUUGGCAGGACAGAAUGAGGAAACUGGAGCGGAAAUGGCUCUUCUCUUUUGCCGGGGCCCCACGCCCUGGUAACCCUAAAUCUAUUCGGGGGCAAAUCAUCAAUGAGUGCAAGAAAUCCAAUGUUUGCAAGCUGCUGGAAUGCGAUUUUGGGGAGAGCAAGUGUCAUUCUCCAAGCAGUAUAAUGAAGAUGUUUCAGAGCUCCCUUUUCUGCUUACAACCUCAAGGUGAUUCGUACACAAGGAGAUCUGCUUUUGAUUCGAUAUUGGCGGGUUGCAUACCUGUCUUCUUCCAUCCUGGUUCAGCUUACACACAAUACACUUGGCAUCUUCCUAAAAAUUAUUCGAAGUAUUCGGUGUUCAUUCCAGAGGAUGAUAUUCGGAAGAGGAAUAUUACAAUCGAGCAAAGGCUGAGUCAAAUUUCUCCCGAGGAGGUGAAGAUAAUGAGGGAGGAGGUCAUAAGUCUCAUCCCCAGCCUUAUAUACGCAGAUCCCCGCUCUAAACUGGAGACCCUAAAAGAUGCAUUUGAUGUAGCUGUGCAGGCUGUUAUUAACAAAGUUACUAAGAUGAGGAGAGACAUUAUUGACGGUCGCACAGAUGAUGAUUUUAUUGAGGAGCUCAGUUGGAAAUAUGCUUUGUUAGAGGAAGGGCAGUACGUGGGUCUUCACGAAUGGGAUCCUUUUUUCUCGAAACCCAAAGGUGGCAAUGUGGAGUCCAAGGAUAUAUCUGCAGAAGCAGCGAAAAAUUCUUGGAAGAGUGAGCAAAGAAUACAUUCAUGACUUGGCCUGCAAAGUUUUGUCGAUUUCAAGUUCUAAAGCCUAGUGAAUGUGGGCUGGAGCUUAAAAUAGGAUGCCAUGCCCUGAGAGGUGGCAUGCACAAUCUUGUCCUAACCUGAAGCAUAGGAUACAUACGAAUGUAUGCAUUUUCUGCUUCUAGCAUAAUCAGGUGCUUGGUCCGCUUCAUUUUGAUUUGUCAUUUGUAGUCAUUCUUUGUAUUGUGUCUGAUAUAUAGAUGCUGCCACAUAGUUAAACAUAAAUUUUGUCUAUUGGAUGCUGUUUUGCAAAGAAGUAUUAAUUGAAGUAGUAAUGAGCUUUCGUA